CCUAAAAACCCUAACAUUUCUUUAAGACCACCACCGUAUAUAUAGAGAGAGAGAGGAAAAAAGUUCCUCCUCUUCGCUUCGCCUUAGGCUGCUGUAGAAGUUCCGAUUCUUCUCCAGAAGAAUUCCAGCUUCCGCAGCAGCUAUACAUAUACACACACAUAUAUAUAUAUAUAGUUUACUAUAUCUACGUUCCUUCUCAGCCGUUUGAUAACCAGAACUAAUCGUUUUAUAUAAAUCAAUCAAUCAAAUGGCUGCUAUCACUCUCUCAAAGUCCAAGCUUUUCGCUCUCUCCUUCUCCAUCGCCCGGAGGGGCUACGCGGCGGUCGCAGCGGCGGGAUUCGGUAGGGGAGGGUCCAUGAGAGGUAUGGUGGGGAAAGUGGAGGAGACGCGUCCGAUUAAUGGAUCAGGCUCCGAGGGCUCUAACGCGUGGGCCCCAGAUCCACUUACGGGCUACUACAGGCCUGGUAAUCACGCUGAUGAGAUCGAUCCAGUGGAGCUCCGACAAACGCUCUUGAACAACAAAGUCAGGCCACUCUAAGCUUUUAUUAUAUACCUUAUGAUUAUAUCUAUCUAUGUAUCAUCAAGUUUGAUGUACUUCUGGAUUAUUAAAUAUUAUCUAAAGUUUGGUUUUGAUGAAUGAUGUAUCGCUCUCAAGAGUUGCUCUCUAUUAUUAUUAUCAAUGGUAGCUUUAGAGAGAGGAAAGUUGUCGUUUUAACUAUUAUGUUUGGGAUAAUUAAUUAACAAUAAUAAUAUUAUUUUCUAGAGA